GACGUUACAACUUCUAAGUUUUGUGUUCGGUCUUUACUUUAGUUAUUCUUGGUGUUAUUGUACAUGAGUUUUAAAGGUGAUUCAUUAUAAAGAAAAUGUCGCCUCCGUCUGAACUAAGUUUUGAGGAAAUACUCAAGUUUAUGUUGUUGCACAAUGGCAGAGUAACUAACCAUGAAUUGGUGAAACAUUUUAAAGUUUUUCUUAUGAAUCCUGAUAUGAGAGAUGAAGCCAGAAGUACGUUUAAAAAACACGUAAAUUCCCUAGCAAUUAUAAAAAACCAGAACAAUGAGAAGUGGCUUAUAUUGAAGAAAAAAUAUAUGCCAACUAAUGGUAAAGAUAAUGAAGAAGUCACAGAAAAGCCAGCUGAUACUACUAGCACGUCAGUGACUGAAACACCCACAGAAUCAGAGACACCAGAGGUUGAAGAACCACCAGAACGUCCACCUUUGCCAUUGCAACUUAACCAAGAUUUUAAUAUAAUAACAAGUCUUAUUCAAGAUAACAUGCAAAAUCUUAAUAAUGCUGAAAUCAUCUCUGACAGUCAAUCUCAAGAAAGCUUGACAUCUAUCCCUAGUGAAGACAUACCACCUAAAGUGCACCCACGGAGACGGUCAUCAGAAAAAAGUAUUGAAAAACGAUCAAGUGUGCAAGGAAUGCAGGGACACAGAUCAUCUAUACCUAAUCAAGAUACUUCUAGACCAGAAAGUGAUGCAUCACCAACAUUAACUUCAUCUAGAAGUGAAAGCAUGUUAGUAGAUAGCGAACAGACAAUCUCAGUGAAGGAAAGAAAGCAAAUGUUUAACAGAAUGGCUUCUGAGAGUGAUGUUCUCAAGACAAACAAACUGGGUGGAAACUUAAGCUCACAGGGUUUGGACGAGGAAGAUAGAGUUUCUUUAGAUCAAAAGAGCGAAGCUGACCCAUUAGACUCCAAGCAAAAGCAAUGGAUUUUAUGUGCUGCAAGAGGUGACUAUCAUGCCCUGGCAAAGAUGUGCAAGGAAAAUGCGAAACUUGUUAAGACCAAGGAUCCUUUUACGACCGCAAUGCACUGGGCUUGUAAACGUGGUGAUGAAAAUUUAGUGAAAUUACUGGGUGGUGUAACCCGGCAAGUAGUCAACGAACGAUCGGGAUACACACCUCUGCACAUCGCCAUGCAGUUUCGUCACGAGAACGUGUACCGUCUGUUAGUUGAAGUAUAUGAUGCAGACCCCAAUGUUCGUGACUGGUCAGGCAGAAAACCGAGACAGUACCUUGUCCACAUGGACACAUCACUGUCCCCGGGAUCAUACAGAAAAAAAGAAGGAUUUCUCCGCAUCGGUUCUCUCAACGUGAGAGUGAAGAAAACUACAGAAGCAUUUAGUAACUUCUUAGGCGUGGGGGCAACUAGGUCCUCGGCCUAUGUACCUAAGUCAGCUCGAGAAGAACGACGUUCAGACGAUAGUGACCAACUUAAAAGUUGGGGUUCUGCUGACAAUAUACAGAAGGACGACAAGCUAAUGCCGCCUCCCAACAACAACAAAGUCCGGCGACGUGGUGCUAGCGGGCGGCGUGGGAUUGGAGCAGCACAUAGUCGUAGUACACCUUCCACACCAGACCAACCUCGAGCCCAAAUUGGGGUUAGUGAAGAAGGAGACUCUGAUUCCGAUUCUGCUGCUGGUUUUCACGCAGCAUGGCGGCAGCAACGAGCAUCGAACUGUACGUAACGUACAUUGUACAUGAGCUUACGAAACAGUGCUCAUAUAGCCGGCACAUUUCUGAUAUGACUCCUACAACUAGAAUCACAAAUACAAAUGUAAAGUAUCAUUUAAGGCAUUCUAACACUUUAA